UGACUAGACAUUCGGUCAUAGGAGCGGUGGAGGGGGGCGCUCGAGCCACGUCGGUGAAACAAAUCAACGCUUGAAGGCGGAUUAUAAAAAGGCCGAGGAGACUAAUUGCGACAACUGCGGCGUCUUUUUGCAUCUCCCACAAAUAACAGCUCAGGAGCGCAGAGAAUCGGCCCAGACUGCUUGUUCUGUUGAUGCCGGAGCAGGAGAUCCAGGGCGAUGUCAACACCUGAUCCUCCCAUGGGGGGUACCCCCCGUCCUGGUCCCUCCCCCGGCCCUGGCCCCAGCCCAGGUCCUUCCCCUGGCUCCUCUCACAGCAUGAUGGGGCCCAGUCCGGGUCCUCCUUCCUCUGGACACUCCCAACCAGGGCCAUCCGGAUACGGACCGGACAACAUGCACCCUCUGCACAAACCUAUGGAGGGCAUGCAUGAGAAGAGCUUGUGUGAUGACGGUCGCUUCAGUCAGAUGAAGGGGCUUUCGAUGAGACAGGGCGGGCACAGCGGUAUGGGCCCCCCACCCAGCCCUCUGGAUCAACACUCACAAGGCUACCACUCUCCACUAGGUGGCUCUGACCACUCCAGCCCUGUCGCUUCAACUGGCCCUCCAUCUGGUCCUCUAAUGCCAUCAACCUCCUCCUCAUCCUCUUCUGCUGGUUCUGCCUCAGCCUCUCUAGAUGGCUCCAGUGUAGAUCAACAUUCCUUGGGGCCUAAUAACCGGCCUGGACCUCCGGGGAAUUCAGGACCUGGCCCCAGCCCCGGGCCUAGCCUUGGCUCCAGCGUGCCCAGUCUUGGUUCUGGCCUUGAUGGUAGUGGUCCUGGAGGUCCUGGUGGCCCAACUCCCUUUAACCAAAAUCAGCUUCACCAGCUCAGAGCCCAGAUCAUGGCAUAUAAGAUGUUAGCCCGGGGACAACCCCUUCCGGAUCAUCUCCAAAUGGCUGUCCAAGGAAAGAGGCCAAUGCCAGGGAUGCAGCAGCAGCCCAUUUCCAGUCUGGUCUCUGGAGCCGUUGGAGGGCCAGGAGGUGGUCCAACAGGACCCGGAUCAGGACCUGGGCCAAUGGGCUCAAGCUACAGCCGGCCUCAUGGCAUGAUGGGUCCCAACAUGCCUCCCCCUGGUCCUUCAGGGACCCCAGUUGGGAUGCAAGGACCAAAUCCCAAUGGACCCUCCAAGUCAUGGCCUGAAGGCCCUAUGGUGAAUGCAGCAGCCCCCUCUAACGCACCCCAAAAACUCAUCCCCCCUCAGCCCACCGGUAGACCUUCUCCCGCUCCCCCAUCAGUUCCCCCCGCUGCUUCCCCUGUAAUGCCCCCGCAGACCCAGUCCCCUGGUCAGCCAGCUCAGCCUCCUCCCAUGAUGCCUUACCAUGCCAAGCAGAACCGCAUUACCCCCAUCCAGAAACCCUGUGGCCUCGACCCCGUGGAGAUACUGCAGGAAAGGGAGUACAGGUUACAGGCUCGUAUUGCUCAUCGCAUUGCUGAAUUGGAGAACCUGCCCGGUUCCUUGGCUGGUGAUUUACGUACCAAAGCUACAAUAGAGCUCAAAGCUCUUCGUUUGCUGAACUUCCAGAGACAGCUGCGUCAAGAGGUGGUGGUGUGUAUGCGACGUGACACGGCUCUCGAAACCGCCCUGGAUGCCAAGGCCUACAAGCGGAGCAAACGUCAGUCUCUGCGAGAGGCCCGCAUCACAGAGAAACUGGAGAAACAGCAGAAGAUUGAGCAAGAGCGCAAACGGAGACAAAAACAUCAGGAGUACCUCAACAGCAUUCUCCAGCAUGCCAAAGACUUCAAGGAGUAUCACCGCUCAGUCACGGGAAAGAUUCAGAAGCUGACCAAAGCCGUCGCCACCUACCACGCCAACACUGAGCGGGAGCAAAAGAAGGAGAAUGAACGAAUUGAGAAAGAAAGAAUGAGGCGGCUUAUGGCCGAGGAUGAAGAGGGUUACCGUAAACUGAUUGACCAGAAGAAGGAUAAACGCCUGGCCUAUUUACUACAGCAAACUGACGAGUAUGUUGCCAACCUCACUGAGCUGGUACGAGCCCACAAAGCUGCACAGGCCCUCAAGGAGAAAAAAAAGAAGAAGAAAAAAAAGAAGAAGUUGGAGAACGCAGAGGGUCAGACUCCUGCUCUUGGGCCUGAUGGAGAGCCCCUGGAUGAGACGAGCCAGAUGAGUGACCUGCCUGUAAAGCUAAUCCAUGUGGACAGUGGUAAUAUCCUGACCGGUGUGGAUGCUCCCAAGGCUGGACAGCUGGAAACUUGGCUGGAGAUGAACCCUGGUUACGAGGUUGCUCCCCGCUCAGACAGUGAAGACAGUGAAGAGGAGGAAGAGGAGGAGGAGGAAGAAGAAGAUCCUCAGCCUUCAGCAGCUCCGGUGGAGGAUAAGAAGAAGAUUACAGACCCUGACAGUGAAGACGUGUCAGAGGUGGAUGUCCGACAUAUCAUUGAGAAUGCUAAACAGGAUGUGGACGACGAGUACAGUGGUGCAGCGUUUGCUCGAGGACUUCAGUCGUAUUACUCUGUGGCCCACGCCGUCACAGAGAAGGUGGAUAAACAGUCUACUUUAUUGAUAAAUGGACAGCUUAAACAGUAUCAGAUUAAAGGUCUGGAAUGGCUAGUUUCUCUUUACAAUAACAAUCUGAAUGGGAUCCUGGCUGAUGAGAUGGGUCUGGGAAAAACCAUCCAGACGAUUGCCCUCAUCACCUACCUCAUGGAGCACAAGCGGCUCAACGGACCCUACCUCAUCAUUGUACCCCUCUCAACUUUGUCUAACUGGGUGUACGAGUUUGACAAGUGGGCACCAUCGGUCGUUAAAGUGUCGUACAAAGGGUCUCCUGCUGCUAGAAGAGCCUUUGUCCCCCAGUUGCGUAGCGGCAAGUUUAAUGUUUUACUCACCACUUACGAGUACAUCAUCAAGGACAAACAAGUACUGGCCAAGAUCCGUUGGAAAUACAUGAUUGUGGACGAAGGCCACCGUAUGAAGAACCACCACUGUAAGCUGACCCAGGUUCUGAACACCCAUUACCUUGCUCCAAGGCGAGUGUUGCUGACCGGGACUCCACUGCAGAACAAACUACCUGAACUGUGGGCGCUCCUCAACUUCCUUCUGCCCACCAUUUUCAAGAGCUGCAGCACGUUUGAGCAGUGGUUCAAUGCCCCAUUUGCAAUGACUGGAGAGAAGGUGGAUCUUAAUGAAGAGGAAACCAUCUUGAUUAUUCGUCGCCUGCACAAAGUGCUGCGCCCCUUCCUGUUACGAAGAUUAAAGAAGGAAGUGGAGGCUCAGCUUCCAGAGAAGGUGGAAUAUGUCAUCAAGUGUGAUAUGUCGGCUCUUCAGAGGGUCCUGUACAGGCACAUGCAGGCCAAGGGGGUCCUACUCACUGAUGGAUCAGAGAAAGACAAGAAGGGAAAGGGAGGCACAAAGACUCUGAUGAACACCAUCAUGCAGCUGAGGAAGAUCUGCAACCAUCCGUAUAUGUUCCAGCAAAUAGAGGAAUCUUUCUCUGAACACUUAGGAUUCUCUGGUGGAAUAGUCCAGGGUCCUGACCUUUAUCGAGCUUCAGGAAAGUUUGAGGUGCUGGAUCGGAUCCUGCCAAAGCUGAGGGCCACAAGCCACAAAGUGCUGCUCUUCUGUCAGAUGACCUCACUGAUGACCAUCAUGGAGGACUACUUUGCCUACCGUAGCUUCAAGUACCUGCGUUUGGAUGGCACUACAAAGGCUGAAGACAGAGGAAUGUUACUGAAGACAUUUAAUGACCCAGGGUCAGAGUACUUUAUCUUUCUCCUGAGCACAAGAGCUGGAGGUCUCGGCCUCAACCUGCAGUCUGCAGACACUGUGAUUAUUUUUGACAGUGACUGGAACCCACAUCAGGACUUGCAGGCUCAGGACAGAGCCCACCGCAUUGGGCAGCAGAACGAGGUACGAGUGCUACGCCUUUGUACCGUCAACAGCGUAGAAGAGAAAAUCCUGGCAGCGGCCAAGUACAAAUUAAAUGUGGAUCAGAAGGUCAUCCAGGCUGGCAUGUUUGAUCAGAAGUCUUCCAGCCAUGAGCGCCGGGCCUUCCUGCAGGCCAUCCUGGAACAUGAGGACCAAGACGAGGUCUGGGGUCAAGAGAUCGUGAAUGAGGAGGACGAGGUGCCAGACGAUGAGACCGUCAACCAAAUGAUUGCCAGGAGUGAAGAGGAGUUUGAGCAGUUUAUGCGCAUGGACCUGGACAGGCGUCGUGAGGAGGCCCGUAAUCCUCGGCGAAAGCCUCGUCUGAUGGAGGAAGAUGAGCUUCCCACCUGGAUUAUGAAGGAUGAUGCUGAAGUUGAGCGUCUGACCUGUGAGGAAGAGGAGGAAAAAAUGUUCGGGCGAGGUUCUCGACAGCGUAAGGAAGUGGACUACAGCGAUUCACUGACAGAGAAACAGUGGCUCAAGGUGGCAAUAGAGGAAGGCACACUCGAAGAGAUGGAGGAGGAAGUACGUCAUAAAAAGACAACCCGAAAGAGGAAGAGGGACCGUGAUCUGGAUCUCCCUGGUCCCUCGUCUUCCUCCGGGAGCCGCGGACGGGGGGACAGGGAUGAUGAUGGGAAGAGGCAAAGGAGGAGGGGCAGACCCCCUGCUGAGAAACUCUCCCCCAAUCCUCCUGGUCUGACAAAGAAGAUGAGGAAAAUUGUGGAUGCUGUCAUCAAAUAUAAAGACAGCACCAGCGGGCGUCAGCUGAGCGAGGUCUUCAUUCAGCUGCCAUCUCGAAAGGAGCUGCCUGAGUACUACGAGCUAAUCCGCAAGCCAGUGGACUUCAGGAAGAUCAAGGAGAGGAUUCGAAGUCAUCGCUACCGCAGUCUGGGUGACCUGGAGAGAGACGUCAUGCUGCUCUUCCAAAAUGCUCAGACCUUCAAUCUGGAGGGUUCCCUGAUAUAUGAAGACUCCAUCGUGCUGCAGUCAGUGUUCACCAGCUUGAGGCAGAAGAUCGAGAAAGAGGAGGAAAGCGAAGGAGAGGAGAGUGAGGAAGAGGAGGAAGAGCAGGAGGAUGGAUCAGAAUCAGAAUCACGCUCAGUCAAAGUAAAAAUCCGCCUGAGUCGGAAGGAUAAAGGCGGAGAUCGAGGAAAAGGGCGCAGCAGGCGAACAGGACGCACCAGGGCCAAACCUGUUGUCAGUGAUGACGACUCUGAGGAUGAGCAGGAGGAGGAGCGCUCAGCCAGUGGCACUGAUGAAGAGGCUUGAACUGCACAGGAGUUUAAAGAGAAGCAGAUUCCAACAAGUCAAAUAACACAACCAUUUAAACAGCUCCAUCCACCCUCAGUCAAACGACAUUGGUAGAUCUGAAAGAAAAGAACAUAGACGAGGUUCAAAUUAAAUAUCAUUUUUGAGCUAUAGUGUAGACAUACUCCGCCCCCGUCACAUCGAUUGUCUCCCCUUGUAAAGAUAUGUUAAAAGUCUGAAAAUAAAUCCAUUUGUCAUAGUACUAGCAGAAUCUGGUACUGAGAAUUUAUGAAAAGAUUUUAAUUUGAAAACCUUUAUUCAUUGGGGAACAAAUCAAAUAUUAAGAAAUAUUUUUUUAAGUGCCAGUUAUUGACUCUUCUAAUAAUUCCUAAACAAGAAAUUAUCUUCAAAUAAUUAACUUCAAAUUAGAAAUCUAUCACUUCCUGUUUUACCCAAGUUAUAAAUAUAACAUAAAACAGAGACCUAUUUCUCUCAGUAACUCUUCAGAAUGAGAAAGAUGAAGGAAAAAUGUUUUCCAAGUAAGGAAGAUUUGUCUUGAUCUGCAAAAAAGAUUUUUGGCCACAAGAAGAUAAUUGCUCACCUAAAUCUGCCCUUAUCUACAGAAUGAGAAUGAAAAAGUUUAAAACAGUGGUGACAAACAUGACUGGCUGAGGAUCAGUGUUUAUGUUGCCACCAGAAGGACGUUAGAGGAAGGGAAGAAAAAUGGUCCAAGUUCAGUGUUACAGAACUGCAGCAAUUCUUUCAGGUUGAACUAUUGCAGCUUCAAUAACAGAUAACUUUUUAUUAAGGAGUCUUCAAGGGGCCCAAGGAUUGUGUGGUGUGCUGUAUAUUGGACUGCAUUUCUUUAAACCAAUCACAGUCUUCAUGGGUGGGCCAAAAACAGCAUGCAGGUGGGCUUAAUGUGAUCUAUAAAGACCUUCACAAUCAUCAGCGAAUUUACCCGGGGCGGUCUGCCUUAUUCGAUGACCCAGAUCUCUAUCAAAGGGGUGGAUUUUUGACAAAAAGUUUGAAGCUUGGAAGCUGCUGUUUCCCUCAGCUAACUAAAUGGUGGAAACAGGAACACACACAUUGUGGGAGCACACAUGGUGCCAACUCCACACAGCAGGCAGUGGUACAGAUAGUGAUGUGCAACUACCAACAUUUGUUAUAAGUUUUAAAAAACACUGACUGAUUUCAUGGUUGUUAUCCUUUUAAGGAUACUGUGGUCUGUUAUCUUUAUAAUGUUACUAGGAUGUGAUUGUAAUUGUUUUUGUAUGUUUUUUGUUUGUCAUCUUUACUUAGGUAGAACAAACCUAAACUAUAGGUACCCUUUACGGAGCAUAUUUAAUUCAAAUUUUCUAAAACUGUGAAGCAAUUAUUUUAAUUAUUUUACUUCUUAGCUUUGUAAUUAAUAUAAUGUAGUAGUACACUGUUCUAAUGGUAAGUCAGUGCUGUGCAAAGUAUUGCCCACUGUUUACUGUUCCUAGACUGAAAGUCAGGGUGACCAUCUUUUAUUUAUAAAGGCAAAUACAGCAGCAUUAUGCUGUGUUAUGGAAUGUUUUGUAAAUAAUGUAUUAGGCUUAUAAAGAGGGAAUGAUGAAGACUAGCAAUCUCUAAGUCCAGUUUAAGUCCAGUCACCUCAGAUAGCAAAUGAAGUGUUACAUUUAAAUUUUCCAUAAAGCCAAUUUUCUUGGUUACAGUUGUCUUUUUUUCUGUUUUUUUUUUUUUUUGGUUUUUUUGGAAGAACUUGUCAAAAUGACACUAUCCUGAGGAGUUAAAAUUUCAAGUCAACAACAUUGAAUGUAAGCAAAAAAUGUGUGCAGAUAUAUAAAAGAAGUUAAUCUUUUAAAUAAUCAAAGGACAUAACCUGGAAAACAUAAACCUGAUCCUUCAGUCAGUCUUCAACCAUGUGUUGUAACAGUGUUUGGCCCCUCCAGAGCCACUGGGAUUAAAGGUUUGUGUGUAAAUCAAGUGUUUGUUGGAGCUGGAGAGCGAAGCUGCUGUGGGCGUGAGACGUUUAGUAACCCGCCAGGGUUUAUAGACUGAGGCUUAAUGGAGCUGAGGUUACAGCAUAAAAACAACCCAGCUGCUGCUUCACUGAUACCUAUUAAUGGCAGACUUGAAUCAUUUUUACUCUGUAUGAGUACUGCAGCUGUAAUUGUUUCUUCUUCAGUUGUUGCGUGGUGAUUUUUGAAUGUUUUUUUUGCACUUUUUUUCUCUUUCAAGACAGGGGACCAGGGGGACAGUGGCUCCUCUCUGCUUGUGACAGCCUCAUUCAAGGCUGUAUGGUGUUGGAUAUACUGUUAAGCCUGUUUAUAGAGCAUAAUGUUGGUGCAUGUAUGUAUAGCUUGCAACUCAUGUACUGUAACUUUUUCCUCAUCGCCAUAGGUAAUCAGAGUGAACCAAAGCAUCAUUUCCUCCACUGAGUUAACAUGUAUCUGUGCUGUGCUUUAUCACUGUUGCUCAUACUUAUACAAAACAAUAAACUGCUGACGCUGUG